CCAUGUUGUGGCGGUGCUGCCUGCGAUCCUGGCGACCCAAACGAGAUCACCCUCACUUCAAUCUUCUCCUCCUCCUCCUCGAUCACCUCCACCUCAACCUCCUCCAACUCGGUCACCUCAAUUUGUACCACCUUCUCCAUCCCACUAUCCUUCAGGAUACAGAAUCUGUGUUGGUUGCAAUAGCGAAAUUGGCCAUGGAAGAUACUUCAGUUGCAUGGGAGCUGUCUGGCAUCCCGAAUGUUUCCGUUGUCAUGCUUGCGAUCUUCCAAUUUCUGAUUAUGAGCGUCCCUUCCAUAAAUCUUGCUAUAAGGACUUGCACCACCCCAAAUGUGAUGUUUGCAAGAACUUUAUUCCCACGAAUGCAGUCGGACUCAUUGAGUACAGAGCUCAUCCUUUCUAGAAGCAGACGUACUGCCCUUCACACGAACAUGAUGGAACACCCCGUUGUUGUAGCUGUGAAAGAAUGGAGUGAUGCUAUAUAUCUAAUUCAUGAUGAUGGGAGGAAGCUGUGUCUCGAGUGUCUAGACUCAUCAAUAAUGGAUACACAUGAGUGCCAACCGCUUUACCUUGAAAUUCAAGAAUUUUACGAAGGUUUAAUGAAGGUAGAGCAGCAAGUGCCAUUACUCUUGGUCAAGAGACAAGCUCUAAAUGAAGCCAUAAAAGGAGAGAAAUAUAUACAAAACUGUAUUCAUAACCACCAGACAAUAGGCGUUUGCUUAUCCGAAGAGCAAACUGUUAACACAAUACUGAGGCGACCCAAUAUAGGAGGAUACCGGAUAACAGACAUUUGUCCUAAGCCUUACAGGCUCGUUCGAAAAUUUGAAGUAACAGCGAUCCUUGUUCUGUAUGGUCAGCCUAGGUUACUGACUGGGUUGAUCCUGGCUCAUGAAAUGAUGUAUGUGUGGUUCUGUCUAAAAGGUUACCCAAAUCUUAGUCCAAAAGUCGAAAGAGGAAUCUGCCAUGUGCUAGCACACAUGUGGUUAGAUUCGGAGAUCAAUGCUGGCUCUGGUAGCAAUGCAGCUUCUGCUCCAUCAUCAUCAUUUGGCUCUUCCAAAAAACUUUGUGAGUUUCUCAUACAGCGGAUACAAACAUCUUGGCGCUCUGAUCCACCCCCAUUUUAUUCAUCUUGGCUCUAAUCCAUGGAAAUCAAGAUUCAUUAUAUUGAUCAGAUAUUAGAAAAAAUAUCAAACCAUAAGACAUGUGAAUUGAAAAGCACUUGACUCCAUUUUCUACACAAGCAUAGAUGAUCAAUUCAUUCCCUGUUGCAUGCAAUAUGACAAAAA